AUGGACAACAACCCCCCAAGAUCCCUUAAAGCGACCUUCGCAGCCGCCGAGAGCCAGCGCCUCGCGCUCGAAGCGGCACAGGACACGCAGUCGACAAGCUACGCGGACAGCGUGGCCGCGUGCACAGCGACCUACGAGGCGUGCCGGCAGCUAGCCGCCCAACUGUCACUCUUCAGCGGUAACGAGGGCGCCGAAGACCUGUCGACGUCGAGCCUACCGUACCUGCUGGUCGACUACCACCUAGCAGAAGUGGUGCAGCGGGCGCCAUCAACAUCACUCGGAGAACGGCGGCGCACGCUGGCGCGCGCGCGCGACGCGCUCGAGCGCUUCCUGCACUUGCUCGACGGCUACGGGCUGCUGGCGCCCGCGCACCGCCGCCUGCUGGAGCGGUACACGGAGGCGCCGUCGCAGUUCAGCAUCACGGCCGGAGCUGGGGGGGACCCGGCGGCGCGCCGCGAGGCCAAGAUCGCAAAUUUCCGCGCCGAGAAGGAGCUCCGCGCCAAUCUCGCCUACCUGCGCGGGCGGCAGCAGGAGGCUGAGCAACAGCAGCGGCGGAAGAGACACGGCGGCAAGAACGACGCCGUGCGCACGCUGCACCUUGCGCACCUGGAGUUCAGCGCGCAUAUGGCGUUCCAGGCGCUCGAGGGUAUGAACCGCGAGUGGGAGGUGCUGGCGCAGGCGCCGCCGGCGCCCGAGCAUGGGUCGGCCGAGGGGCGGGGGGGGCAGACGGCGCAGGCCGAGGAGGACGUGCGGCGGCGGCGGCGGCAGCUGCUGCAAGCGCACGGCGUGGCACCAGACACGGAGUACAGCGAGCGGCUCGACCUAGUCCGCGGUGCGCUCGGCAACGGGGGUAAGGGAGGGCCGAUCCUGUCGGCGCAAGGCAAGCCGCUACAGCCUUUCACGCUGCUGGGCAACCGGCAGGAGCUGGCCAAGGGAGUGUUCCGGCCGGGCCACAACCUGCCGACCAUGACCAUCGACGAGUACCUCGACGAGGAGCGGCGGCGCGGCGGCAUUAUCGAGGGCGGCGGCGAGGCGAGCUACGCCCGCCCCGAGCCCAACGAGGACGACUACGAAAAAGCCGACGCCGAGACCCUCAAGGCGCGCGCCUGGGACGAGUACGUCGAGGCCAACCCCAAGGGAAGCGGCAACACGCUAAAUAGGGGAUAAAGGGAUCUGUACUCCUUUUUGGAGGGACGGAUACUAGGUAGCUUAUUAUAUGCAUAGAAAUAAUUAACGCCCUACCUGGCCAUUGAAGAAGCAGCUCAUGGUAUUUUGUGCUGAUUGUCUUCCUUGAAUCGUUGCAUCACUGAACCCAGUCUCUCGG